UGUGAUGUUAGAGAACUAUGGACACCUCCUCCUCUUGGGUCUUAUGUCAAAACCAGACCUGGUCAACUUCUUGGAGCAAAAGAAGGAGGCUUGGGAUGUGAAUGGAAAGGGGACAGAAGCCACACUUCAUUCAGUCCCGCCUGCCAGUGAGCACUUUUCUUUUGAAGACGUUCUGUUGGUGCCUUUAAGGGCAUUUUCUCCUGAUGCAGCUGUGAUUUCUCCACCAAUACCUUCUGAGAAAGAAAUCUAGAGGACAAGGGGAAAGAAGAAGAAAUGGCCAGCUCUCAGACACUGCUGACCUUCAGGGACGUGGCCAUCGAAUUCUCUCAGGAGGAGUGGGGAUGCCUGAAUCACAGUCAGAGGGAACUGUACAGAGAUGUGAUGUUAGAGACCUAUGGACACCUCCUCUUCUUGGGUCUUGUGUCAAAACCAGACCUGGUCAUCGUUUUGGAGCAAAAGAAGGAGCUGUGGGGUGUGAAGAGAAAGGAGACAGUAGCCUCACACCCAGCAACAGAAAAGAGAUAAGGAAGAGUAUCUAUGGGACAUGAGAGCAGAAUAAAAUGGAAAUUUACAGAACUCUCAUUCACAAUCUCCACUUUAAACAGCAAUUCCUACAGCAAACAUAGGAGGAAUCCUUCAUUUUCCAAAGCAGACAACAAACAAGGUGAAAUGAAGGAGGAAGCUUCCAGAAUAAAUGAGAUGAUUAGUGCACAUCUUCCCAUAAAGAUACUUAAUGAUAACAGAGAAAAAAUAUCAACCUCCUAGUGGAGGGAUCCAGCAGAGAGCACACAGGAAAUAAGGAACCUGUAAUGGGUGACACUGGGAUCAGGUGGCUAAUGUUCUUCAAAGGACACAGAACGACAGCUGUGAAAUAAAUGUCCAGAACAAAUAUGUAAAUCACAGUCUAACAGCCAAAAGGAAAAUAACCAUUUUAGUCAAAUAUCAAGCCACUAUUCCAUGGCAAACAAUUCAAAUGAUCAUCUUAGAGAGACUUAUGGAGGAAGAAGAGAGAACAGGUAACUAAAUGAUAUCAGGAAAAGUCUGCAAGACCAACAGGUCAACCCAAAUGAUCUACCUCAUACCUCAUGAGGUGCAUGCCAUGUCAGAAUUUUCAUCUAAUAAGUCAGAAAUGAAUCUCAUAAAGAGCCACGCAAGAUGAAAACAUUUAUGACAAAGGCACAGGAAGUUUCUAUUAUACAAGAAAAAAGAUGAAAAUUAUGAAGUUACUGAGAAAUAACGUACCCAUUGAGUCUUUAUGGUAGGCUGUGAGUUCUAAGUUCUCAGUGUUCUAGUUCCCUUGUGGCAUUAAUGUUGGUAGGAAUAUUAGAAUCCACAUGGACAAAUUAUUUCACCAUUGAGGAAUGGAAGACAUAAAUUGGAAAUUUCUUAUUAUCAUUCAUAAGAAAAAUAAGCUUCUGAAGUGAAAUAGAGCAUGAGAUUUUCUCAUUUUAGAAAAUGCUUUUUUAUCUGAGGGAAUUACUGAAUCUCAGUUUUGUAUGAUUAAGCCUAAAGCAUCAGUGGGGCGCUUGGGUGGCUCAGUUGGUUGACCAUCCAACUUCAGCUCAGCUCAUGAUCUUGUGGUCUGUGAGUUCGAACCCCACAUCAAGCUCUGUGCUGACUGCUCAAAGCCUGUAGGCUGCUUCAAAUUCUAUGUCUCUGUCUCUCUGCUCCUCCCCCACAAUUGCUCUGUCUGUCUGCCUCUCUCUGUCUCUCUCUCAAAAACAAACAUUAAAAUGAAAAAAAAAAGAUUAUAGCCUCAGGAACAUUGGAAAGCAUAAACCCGAAUCACGUGAUCCCUGUCUCCAGUGCUCCUGGGAUUUGGACACCAAAACCCACUCUGUCCACCACUAAUAUGACACACUUCUCACAAAAACAGAAAUUGGGAAUGACUUACAAUAGAGUUUCUCAGAAUAUGGAGAAUUCUCCAGGGCCUUCAAAGCAAAGGAGAAGCUUUCAGACUUUGGAGAUACUCAAAGCGCAAGGGGAGUCUCCUGGCACUCACUGUGGAUGUGAUGGACCAUCACUGGAGCAGAACAAAGAAUCCUUCGAGAAUGUAUGAGUAUGAUGGGUUGGAAAGCUGAUGUCCCGCUAUGAGUGGGACAGACAUAAAACUGGGCUUCCAAACUAAUUUCCAUUCAAGGAGAGCUACUUGAGCCAUAUUUUAAAUAUUUGCAUAUCACCACUGUCAUCUGUUUUGUUCAUGCCCACCUACCUGCUGGUGAGGCUACCGUCUUCUUUCUCUUCACAUCCCAGAGCUCCCUCUUUUGUUCCAAAAAAAUGACCAGGUGUGGUUUCGACACAAUGAGACCUGAUUAUCAGAAAAAAAAAAAAAAAAGAGCAUACCUGUUUCUCAGAUUCUUUCACCCCAAUACUGUGCUCAGUACAUGAGAGAGGACACUGUAGAAUUCCAGAAAAUGAUUUCUGAAUGCUGUUGCCCAAAAGCCCCUUUAGUAUACUUGACAGGAAUUUCCAAUGUUCACAUCAUAACCUCACGUCCAAGUACUACCACUACAGGAAUGAGUAGCAGUUGGGAGCUUAAGUGGGCAGUACCAUUUUAUGCCACUCAAUGUUUACAAUUACCACUCAUCUACAGAUGAUGAUGCUCUUACCUCACUGUAAAGAAGGGGAAUCUACAGCUGGAAAGGAAACCUCAUGAAGAUAUUUCUCUAUAUCUACAAACUCUACUUCUUUCUCUGACUGCAGGCAUCUGAUCCCAGUCAUGCAAAGAGGAUGUUUCCAAGAGACAGUCUUCCAAGGAAGGAACAAACCCGCGAGUGAGGUUUGGGAAGUCUGGAAGGAGUUAUCCUCACCCAAGAAGAGGAGGUGUCCACAGGUCUCUAACAUCACAUCCCUGUACAGUUCUCGCUGACUCUGGUUCAGGCAUCCCCAUUCCUCCUGAGAGAAUUCUAUGGCCACAUCCCUGAAGG